CUCGCGACUAAAGAUUAUAAGAAAAAUAUAGAGAAAAGAUUGAUUUUCUUCGUCUUUACAACUGGCAUCAUGAAUUCUUUAUCGAGAAUUGUUCGUAGGAAAUUGUACCAGGAGUUGAUUGUACGAUUGCAGUCAACAACCACAACGUCAGCUCCAUCCUCGGAUAUUCAAAUUCCAAAUAGAAUAGAACGAGGUCCAACAGAUAUCUUGAAGGCUUUGGAAAGUACGAUAUCCAGAGAUCAUACAGCAUCACAUUAUAAGUUUCAUGAUGACCCUUUCUUGAUACCGCAAUCAAACAGUCAUAAUCGUUCAUAUGCUUUAGCAAAAGAGUCUGGAAGGAAAACCGCAAUGUGGGUUCGUCAGGAACACCGUGACUUAUUUCAGCAUAAAGUAGCAGAUCCUGAAAUUAAGCCAUUUGUACCACCUCCAAUUUAUACCGAAGAAAGUAAAGUGACAGAAGAAACAUUGCUAUAUGAAAUAUCAAAUGGUAAUGUUGCUAACUCUAUCACGAUAUACGAUUUAUUAAAAGAUGAGAUAACAGUACCAACGAAACAAGCACUCUUGGAAUUGUUGUGUUUUUAUAAUAAUAAUGAACGAAUCAGCGACGAAUGGCUGGAGAAUCGCUGGUAUAGACUCAAUCAGAAACAAAAAAAGACAUGGAUAAGUUAUCCACAAAUUGAAGUAUUGUUCGCAUUUCUGAAGGAACAAGAACCCAAAGUAGCAGCCGCUGCGUAUUCCGCGAUGAUAUGUGGUUUCGCUAAAUAUUCCGAUUCAGAGAAGGCUUGGUGCUUGUAUGAUGAAGUUCAAGGAAAAAAAAUACCGUUAUCCGUCGAUGCAUACAAUGCUAUGAUAUCAUUAAUACCAGUACUAAAACAAGAAGAUUUUAAAUCAAAAUCGUUAAUAAUGGAUAUAUACAGAGUAAUGACUGUAAACGGAAUCAAUCCAAACAUACAUACCUUUAACGCCGUCCUUAAUGUAGCAGCUACUAGUAAAACCAAUCAAGUAGCUCUAGAUUUUACACGCAUUAUACUCGCUGAUAUUGCGAAAUUUAAACUGAAUCCAUCGUUAACUACAUAUUAUUAUCUGCUGCGAAUUUUAAAUAGAUUCGGUGAUGAGUCGUAUAACAGCUUUAUAAAAAUCUUGACAUCUUUGAAGAAUAAAACCAUUACCAUUCAAAAUGAGAAAGAUUUAAAUUUCUUUGUUCUUGCAAUGGAAAUGGCAUCCCAACAGUUUUGUAAUCGACAAGCAGGUGAAAUGGUGAACGAACUUCUUCUUGCUGGUGAAAACUACAAGUUCAUUAGCAACAAUUUAAGAGAAUAUAUCUAUUAUCGAAUGUAUUUGGAAUUAAUUUUGGCAACGGAAGAAUUUGAGACCUUCUUCAAGCUCUACAACAAACUUGUACCGCACGUGACCAUACCGGAACCUACCGUGAUGAAUGCUAUAUUAGAAGCUCUUAAAUUACAUCCCGCGCAGACCGUCACGCAAUAUAUACCAAAACUCUGGUCGCACAUGAUCAUGUUCGGUCAUCUGAACAGGGAAAAGUUAUUGGAGAACAUAUUGUACUUGAUUAGCGUACAUUGUAAACCAGUGUCCGAUUCUCCAUUAAAUGCGCAAUUCGAAGAGAUGGCACUGACUCUUUGGGAUCAUAUACAAACUCAGAAUUCUAAGAGGCUACAGCAUUUUUUGGUAUCUAACACAGUGGUAGGCAAUAUCGUAGUAUUGUUGUUGCGUGGAAAUAAUUUUGACAAAGCGAUACAAAUUAUAUCGUUGUUAGUUCGUUCACCGCACUUAAUUAAGAAUGGCCAAACCAUUACAACGGAGCAUAUAAACGAAAUAUUUGAACUAUGUUUAACACAAGCAUAUGUGCCGGCCAUUUUCACACUUUUGGAAUACGUCACUUUCCACAGUCUAGAAGGAGCUGCAGAAAUGGCUGGAAAGUUGUACAAAACUGUACCUCUUACCUCCAAUCAGGAAAAUAUAUUAGCUAGUUUAGUAGGUAACGAUGUUCUCCAGUUACAGAUCUCUGAUAAGAAUUAGUUUUCGAAAUCUGUUAUAAUUAUAA